GGUCUUGGUAUUUUGAGAAGGGCUGUGACAGGGUUUGUGAGCGUGAAGCUGCACUGGAAUCAGCCCUAAGAAUGUUGCAGCAGUUCUAUCUGGAUCUCGAGAAGUUCCUUGCUUGGCUUACAGAAGCUGAAACAACUGCAAAUGUCCUGCAGGAUGCUACACACAAAGAAAAGAUACUUGAGGAUACCAAAACAGUUCGGGAGCUCAUGAAACAGUGGCAGAGCUUGAUUCAAUCAUUGUUCCCUGUGAACGAAUCUGACCUUGUGGAGCUGCAGCAAGCAAACUUCUUGGAGAAGGGCAGCCAGCGUACAAAGGCUGCAUUGAAUGUGUGGGCAGGCAAGAAUGCUGCUUGGCUGCUGCGGGCACAUAGAUUUCUUGGAAUUGCCAUGCAGCAGGACCGGUGUUGCAGUCCCCAGCUCAAACUGAAAAUGUUGCACAGGAAGACGUAUCAUGUGAAGGAACUACAGGCAGAAAUCGAUGCUCAUACUGACAUCUUUCACAGCCUGGAUGAAAAUGGGCAGAAAAUCCUGAGGUCCCUGGAAGGCUCUGAGGAUGCAGCGCUGUUGCAGAGACGUCUGGAUAACAUGAACCUCAGAUGGAGUGAGCUUAGGAAGAAAUCUCUAAAUGUUAGAUCCCAUUUGGAAGCCAGUACAGACCAGUGGAAGCGUUUACAUCUCUCUCUUCAGGAACUUUUGGCAUGGCUGCAAUUGAAGGAGGAUGAAUUAAAACAGCAAGCACCCACUGGUGGAGAUCUUCCCACUGUGCAGAAACAGAAUGAUAAUCAUAGGACUUUCAAGAGGGAGCUGAAAACAAAAGAACCUGUUAUCAGGAGUGCACUUGAGACUGUGCGAAUCUUCUUGGCAGAGCAGCCUGUGGAAGGGCUGGAAAAGCUCUACCCGGAACCAAGAGAGCUGUCACCUGAGGAAAGGGCCCACAAUGUUGCUAAAAUUCUCCAAAGGCAAGCAGAUGAGGUCAGAAAUGAGUGGGAUAAGCUGAAUCUACAGUCUGCUGACUGGCAAAAGAAGAUAGACGAUGCUCUUGAAAGACUGCAAGGCCUUCAAGAGGCAAUGGAUGAACUGGACCUGAAACUACGCCAGGCUGAAGUGUUCAAGGGAUCCUGGCAGCCAGUGGGGGAUCUGCUAAUUGACUCUCUGCAGGAUCACUUAGAAAAAGUCAAGGUCUAUCGAGCAGAAAUUAUACCCCUGAAAGAAAAGGUGCAUCAAGUCAAUGAGCUUGCUCACCAGUUCACUCCCUCUGAUAUUCAACUCUCCCAGUACAAUCUCAGCUGUGUGGAAGACCUGAACACAAGGUGGAAGGUGCUACAG